CCCACCUCAGCUAUUCCAUAAACAAAACAUCAUACAACAUCAACCAUGGAGCAGAGGCAGCAUCCUGAAGGUGCAGCUGCACCAUUUCCUGCGAACCCAGAAGAAUUUGACUCUGACGAUCGCAUAUCAUUUUCAAAGCUCGACCAGAAAUACUUACUCGUGCAAGACGAUGGCACGGAAUUUGAAUUCGACGAUGCGAUCAAACGAUGGAUACCAGUAUUAGAUGAGGCAUUAUUGGAGGAGCAGCAGAAGGCUUAUAAGGUAUCCGGAGUAGAUGAGAGCGAGCCGGUCGAUGCCAUGAAGAGGAAGAGGAAGAAGGAGUAUGUCAAUGGCGAGGAUGUAAGUCAAUUUUAGGCUUUCAUGCAGUAAUAGAACCAUGAUUGUGCACCCAUUUAUUGGUCGCUUUCAGCAUCUCAUAUCUAUUUAUAUUUGUUUCGGUAUGCGAAACAUAUCUGGAGCUCACGCGCUUAUCUGCAUCUUCACUUCAAUAAUUAUCUUCAAUGCUAAUUUUAUCUAGGAGGGUGGUCGGAUGGUAAAAGCCCCAAAGAAAGCCAAAGCACCUCUACCUCCACGAGCGAAUACUGCAGUUUAUGUUACUGGUCUGCCAUCGGAUGUCACAGUUGAGGAAGUUCACGAAGUCUUUUCAAGAAAAUGCGGUGUUAUCGCAGAAGAAAUCGACAGCGGAAAACCCAGAAUUAAGCUUUAUACAGAUGAAAAGGGAGAAUUCAAGGGUGAUGCACUUAUCGUAUUUUUCAAACCACCAUCUGUGCAGAUGGCGAUAAUGCUACUGGAUGAUACGGAUUUUAGGAUAGAAAGUGGCGCAUCCAAGGAGAGAAUCAAAAUGAGGGUCCAGGCUGCAGAGGCAAGUUACAAGAAGGUUCAACAAACAGACGUGGAAGGAAAGGAGAAAGAGAAGCCAAAGACCAGCAUGAAGGAUAAGCAAAAAAUUAUCAAGAAAACGCAGAAAUUGGAUGCGCGACUGGCAGAUUGGAGUGAUGAUGAGCCAUCGGCUCUUGUGGAAACUAGCUCGAGAUGGGAUAAAGUCGUUAUAUUAAAACAUAUGUUCACUUUGAAGGAGCUAGAAGAGGACCCAGCUGCAAUGCUGGAUAUCAAGGAAGAUAUUCGAGAUGAAUGUGGCAAGCUCGGCGAGGUAACAAACGUGGUGCUAUACGAUUUGGAGGAAGAUGGAGUUGCUAGCGUAAGGUUCGCAAACGCAGAAUCGGCGAAAGCAUGUGUUAGGUUGAUGAAUGGACGGAAGUUUGAUGGCCAGGAGGUCGAAGCUUAUAUUACAGAUGGUAAGGAGCAGUUCAAAAAGUCGAAGAAGAAAGCAGAUGAUGAGGACCAUGGAGAGUUAGAAUCUGAUGGUUAAUUCGGGAGUGAGGAAUUAAGUUGUAGGAUCUUAUCAUUAUACCAUUGACAUUGAGGUGAAGCUCAUAAUGUUGGCUACAAGUACCUUUAUUGGUAAGACGGGGAAUUGGAUGCGGUGAUGCAGUGGUGUUAUGUUAGUAUUAAUGAUAUCCUACUCUACAAUA